CUCAACGCAGAGGAGCUGCUCCGCAAGCAGCCAAGCCGACGCGACCGGCAGCCAGUCACUCGGGCAGCCUCAACGCCGCCGCCGCGUGACCACAGACAACCAUGGGCGCCGAGGGGGAGCAAGCCCCCGAGGAGGAGCAAGCUCUGGUGACAGGCAGACCCACGACCAUCGUCUACAGUGGAGACUGGCCGCCCGAACAGGCGCCGCGAGGCUUAUUUAAGAGGUACGAGGUCCGGGGACGCGUCUGCGAGGUGAUACCGCAUAUCCUGUUCCUGCGAAAGGACGACGCGUCGGCCGAGUUCAUACAUGGCCACUACAAGCGAGCACAUGCCACGCGCGACCGCUUCCAAAGGGUUGUGGCGGCGAUUCGGAUCGAGUUCGAUCCGCCGGGGGAAGGGGACAACCUCAAGGACCAGGAGCGCGAGGAGCUGCGGUCCUUGGAGCGGUUGGGGGGCGCCCAAUCUAGAAUAGAGGGCCACGGCGAAGACGGCGAGCUGUGGUUGUAUAUCCCACAAAAGAGAUUGGAUGCCCACGAUCCGUUUGGGGACACGGUCGCCGACGCGCUGGUCGAGGGCGUGAUUGUUAAUUGCACGUGCGUCAUCUCGACAGCGCCGUUCAUCAACACGAUCGACAUCAAACGAGAAACGGAGGAGCCGGACGCCCUCGGCAUCGUCGAGGCGCCGGCGCCGGCGCCGGCCGAGGACGAGAGCGACGCGUCGUCGGAUUCGGCGUCGUACAUCCAGCCGAGCCCGCGCGACCUGGCGCUGCCGUCGUACAUGUCCGGCACGGUGACGAAGAACGGCGUCGACAUGUACUAAGUAUAUAUAGG